AUGGCAGACAUUGUCAGUUCGGCAGUUGUCCAAGAAACAGUUAGCAAAGUGCUAUCUAAUCUGGUUCGAAAAUAUGAGGAGAAAGAUGAAUCAAACAAGGACAUGAAUUUGGAGAGGCUAGAGAUGGCGCACACCAGGCUGGAGGCUGUUCUUGAGAUAUCUGAUAGGUGGCAGAUCACCGACGCCUCCUUGUUGCGUUGGCGUUCGAAGCUGAAGCGAGUUGCUCAAGAGUGCGAUGACACGCUGCACAACUGCAAACAAAGGAUCCUAGAAGACGAAGAGACAGAAAAGGAGGAGAGAAAAUCUUCGUUUCCUAAACGUAUAGCACGUACAACAAGGUCAUUUGUUUCCUCCAUCUUUAGACCCAACAAAAACGAGAUGAUGAACACUUCCAUUGCUCGGAGAUUUGAGUGGUUUGCAGAUGGUGCUAGCGAGUUUAUAAGGUUAGUUGAGCUCGGUGGAACGCCACGUCAUCACAUGCCCUUUCACCCGCUUAACCAGUACCUUCUUGCAGGCAAGAAACUCCACCACAGAAUCAUUCAGGAGAACAAGCGCCACUUGUUUCUAUUGUUGGUGCCGUUUACUACUUCAGAGUAUGGAAUAGAGGCUAGACUAAUCUUUAUUCAGAAAGAUGGUAAUGUGGGAGAGGAUGACUUUUUACUUACAUUAAUGCUACAGAUUUCAGAGAGUACCGACAUAAUUGGGAUCACAAUGAAGUGCAUAGAGCUUUUUGCACCUCUUUUCAAGUCUACAGUUGAAACCAUUAGGAAAGAACUUAUGCAACUACCUAUAGAAGACUUCUCGUGGGUGCCAAAUGUUGAUACACACCAGAAAGAACAAUUGAACAAUAUUCUCAGCUUGGGUACUCAAUGGCUUCGCCCAAACCCGUUAUGUUGCAAGCAGCACGAUCAACACAAGGUCGGUCAUGGUAGCAAGUUAGGCGUCUUGGGAUUACGAGAUGUGUCUCUAGAACCAGUUAUUUCAGUAAAUCUUCAGUGCCAUGUCUCAGUAUCGGGGUGCUACAAACAUAGGGCCUUACUGUCUGAAUUCAGAAAUUCCCUACAAGAUUCUCCUAGUCUGAAAGCUGGAAUCGUCUUUUCACCCCAUGGAUAUCUAGAAGGCUACCUGCCUGGGGAUACAAGUCCAGCGAUGGCGGCAAUCUACACUGAUGAGCCACAUUUUUUGCACACAGAAUUUAGUUUUGGACAACUGGAAGAGAUCAUGCUGCCCAAGGCAAUUGAUUACUUUUACAAGAAUGGAAAAGCGACAAUCUACCAAAUGCUUUGGAGGUCUAAGCAUGGCACUGCAUACAUUCAUGUUGAGAAGGCAAGCAUCAUGAUGCCAAGCACACAUGGGACGAUGCAGCGAAAAGAUGAGGAGUCCAUAAAUUGGUCAUAUGGGGUCUCUCACUUUGUCAACUUAUGGGCUACAGAUGCACCCAUCCGGCUGCAGGGAUCAAUCAAGGACUGGAUUCAGAAAGAGUCAGUCAGUAAGAGCGCCACCAACAGAAGUUAUAAAUCAUGUAGCACGGAUGGGUCAGUGAAAUAA